CCAAAAUGGCGUCCUCCCAAAAAAAUCACACAUCGUGUCCCUGUCUUGCUCGUUACCCCCAAAAAAUAAAGGAUUAACGGCUUUCUACGACAGUUUACGAACGUCUCCAAGAAACCAAUCGCCCAAUUAUCAAACGAAAACACCGAAUAACCACAUUUCUUCCACCGCGAGUCGCAUUAAUCAUGUACCAUCGCGAAAGUGUUCACGAUAGAAACCAAUAAGACUGGGAAUUUUAUAAUUUUAUGAUUAACCUCCCUCUUCGUCCAGAAGUCAACAACUUCCAACGUUUUUACUCAGUGCUGUUCGUUUAUUUCGUUUGACGUGUUAUCAAUUGAAUUAUUACUUACAUAUUGUACAGAAGGCCUUGAAAAACGAUUCAAGAUGCCAACCCACCCGAAGUACCGUAACCUGAAGCGUCCAAAAGUGGUUGCAAAGAGAAACCUGAAGCUUCGUGACUACAAAAAGAGUUCAGGCGCCCUGAUCUGCAAGAAAUUGCAAACCAACAACAAAGCCCUGGCCCAGGCCCUCUCAAAGCAGAAAGAAGAGACCCAACAGUUGACCCUCGACAACCUGGAGCUGACCCGCCAGCUGAACGAGACAAAUCACCAGAAGAGAAGACACAUGGAGGCCUUCUCCAUAAUCCUCAAGAACUCCCGCGAGGCCAUGAACCUGAUGGUUAAAGCGACAGAGCAGGUGGUCAGUGCAAUAUCCACCUGCAACACACUCCUCCACCCAGAGAGUGGCAAUCCCCCUCGACCCUCGAGCACCAGAGACCCCAAUCGUCGUGUCUCGACAAAAUCCCCCAACAAAUCCCCAGCAAGAGGUGUCGUCCAGCCGAUGGUCAGUGGUCACGCAAUAGCUCAGCCAGCAAUAGCCCUGAGUAGAAUCAGAAUAGUGUCAAUGCCACCAAAUGUCAGUGACAUUGAGGAGACAACGGAAUCCCCAGGCACCCCAACGAGGCCAGUAUCGAGGAUGCCAGCGAGUCGUAACAGAGCCCUGAACCGAGGUAUUCCCCCAAUGAUGCCCCAGAGAAUCCGAGUGAGCUCCCCUAGGGACGAGACUCUCCCCCCCGACGACAGACGACUCUCCAACAUCAGCAGACGCUCCAGCAGAUACCAAAAACGAAAGUCAAGGACUUCGAGACACUCUGAUCUAGAGCCACGAGACAGUAUUAAUCAGAUUGAAACGACGAUGAGGACACCCAGAGUUUCACUGGAGGAUGUCUCCAGACUGAUGCACAACUCCCACAGCAUCAAUGUGAGGAGUCUGAUGGAUAUUGAGGAGGGGUCGGGGUUUCAGGGCUCUCCAGAGGCUGGUGAUAAUCAGAGCGAGGAAUUCGGUGUGCCAACUUCUUCGGGGGAAGUGUCUGCGGGGGAGGUGUCUCCAGGGGCGCCAGUGUCGUCAGAGUCACCAACAUCUUCGCCAGUUUCAAGGACAUCCUCUCCUACUUAUCAGCUGGAUCAUCGAGCGAGGAAGGAGAGGAAGAGGAGGCAUGCGAAGAAGGACAAAAUGGGGGAGACGAAGCUGGAGAAAUCAGUGUUCAGUCGAGUGCAGCAGAGGGUCUUUGAGGAUGAUCCUCUUGAGGGGACUAGCUGGAGGUACAGUAACGAGAUGGGAGGGGGUUCUGAGGGGGCUGACGAUGGAAAUGCCAACGAGAGCAAUGAUCUGAGUAAUGGGACGGGGAAUGAGACUAAUGGGACCAAUCUGGAGAAUUCCGAUGGAUCCAGGAUGAAUGAUACGUCUUCGAGGAUGUUCGAUGGCUCUCUCAGGGACUCAGCGGGAUUCUCGACGACUAAUCGCAUGUCCCUGACGAUGAUGAAUCCCCAUAAUGGGUGGGAGGGGUCUGAUGAUGACGAUGAGAGGUGUCAAGUCAUUGAUAUUGCUGCGAGGAGGAAUAGCGAUGGGGAGACGACGAAUUUCACAGCUGUUUUUGCGAGGAAUGUCUGCACCUCCAGAGGACGAGUCGAGGAUUUUGAUCCUGAUGAGUUUACGAUGAUGAGGAGGGGGAAUAGACCUUUUAAGCCUUGUGUUAUGGAUGAGCUGGAGAUGCCUGAUAUUCCUCCUCAGGAGUUGGAGCAGCCACUGGUGAGGGCUCCUGAGGUGAUGGCUGAACCAGAGAUCACGAAGACCAUUCAGAUUCAGGGGGUCAGUCAGCAGGUGGGGAUUCAGUCAGCCACUGGGGAAUUGCUGCCUAAUGUUACUUUUAAUACGAGUGUGACGAUGCCUGUUGACACCGUUGGACGGGAGUCGGAGGAUGAUACGGUGGUGGUGCCCAAUGGGCGGAGGAACAGGGCUGUGGUGCCCAUUGUGGAGUCGUCCAGCGAGUCUGAGGCGUCGACACCUCCGAGGAAAAAUAACAAGAGGACGAGCAGGACGAAGGGGAGCAAGAGGAGGGAUCCCAGCUCCGCAAAGGUUGUCCUGGAGAAACUCAAGGCGCCGGAACAGAGGAAGAGACCUGGGUCACCUGUACCCAGGCCAUCAUCGGUUAAUGGGUAUUUGAACAGAACAUCAAAUUCCCUCACCAGUGAUUCAGAAAGCAGUAAUGCUAGUUUUGGUAGUAAUGGUCGUCCAAGACGACAGAGAGCUCCAGUCAAUUUUGCAGAACCUUCAUUGAGAAAGAAAUUGAGGCGAGAGUGAGCGUCUGUUGACGACAGUAUAGCCUUUAAUGACUGAACUAAAGGACUGGCUGUAAUCACUAAUUAUUUGACCCAAUAGUUCGCGGUCGACAAUUGCAUUUCUAUGGUAACGUAAGGCCUGCUGAAUAAAGUUAAUUGUUCUCAUUUUCUCUGUAAGUUUAUCUGAAAUUUUUUGAAUCUGGUUAAACUGCUUCACAGAGAAAAUUCCUAUAGAAUAUUUAUAAAGAUUAUUGUCAAAAAUAUGUUGUGUUCUUCGGCGUUUUUCACUUGAUUAAACAUUGUCAUAUUCAUUGUCA